AUGGCAUCGCUGUUCAACAAGGCGUCUCACUCGAGCAAUGCCAAGGGGAAGAGAAAGGCAUCAGAUGCAGAGAUUGCGUCGGAAAAUGUGGCAGCGUCGGACGUCGUGGCCCCCAGGCGCAACAAGCAGCGGGUCCUCUUGCUUCCUUCCCGCGGCGUAACGAUGCGCAUGCGUCACCUCGUCAACGACAUCGAGGCGCUGCUCCCCCAUGCGAAAAAGGACUCGAAGCUCGACUCCAAGUCCAACCUGCACAUUCUCAACGAACUCGCUGAACUCAACAACUGUAACAACACGCUCUACUUUGAGGCGCGCAAGGCCGAGGACCUCUACCUGUGGGCGAGCAAGACACCCAAUGGCCCCUCUGCAAAGAUGCAUGUCCAAAAUAUCCACACGAUGGAUGAGCUCAAGAUGACGGGCAACUGCCUGAAGGGAAGCAGACCCCUGCUUAGCUUCGACAAGGCCUUUGAUCAGAGGCCGCAUUGGGCUCUGCUCAAGGAAAUGUUCACCCAGAUGUUUGGGGUGCCAAGGACAGCACGACGAAUCAAGCCCUUCAUCGACCACGUCGUUUCCUUCUCCAUCGUCGACAACAAGAUCUGGUUCCGCAACUAUCAGAUUAUCGAAAAGGACCCGGGAGUGGUGACAGACAAGAAGGCGAAGAAGGACGAGGAGCCCACACUCGUCGAGAUUGGGCCACGCAUGGUUCUGACUCCCAUCCGCAUCUUUGAGGGCAGCUUUGGCGGCGCAACUGUGUAUGAGAACCCAGAGUACAUCUCGCCCAACGCUGUCAGGCACAACGUCCGAAGAAAAAAGGGAGACGAGUACCGCGAUCGGACGGCAGCGCAACACAACCUCAAGGCAAAGCGGCAAAAGCUUCAAGACGAGCGCAAAGUCGACGAGCUUAGCAGAGACAAGGUGUUCGCCUAA